AACAGUGCGGACGCUCUGCCUACGAAUCUAGUAGGCCUGUCGCGCUAUUGUACAUCUGCAAGCCAGAUUAGCGGGCUACGACGCCCAUGUGAAGGAGCAUCCGGUGACGCACAAAUUAAUCGUUUCGGCACAAUUGUGAACCAGCGCGGUUUUCGUGGCGGAACCCGCGGCGGAUACAACGCACGUACGUGUCCCUCAGCUCUCAAACUACGAGCCUCAUCAUCCGUCUCGCAGUCGUCGGAGUCGCGAAGUGCAGCAAAAAGUGAAAUACUGCCAAGUGCUUUCGGGUAGUGGAACUAUCCCAAUCCAACCAGAAUGGCAUCAACGACAGAUAUUCCUCCGGUUGUGGGCACCUCACCGGCCUCGGCACCCCUGCUAGAGGAUCUCCACGAGGAAGAAGAAGAACCCACGUCCACCUCGUCCACGACGGCCGGAACUGCCACGGCGGCGGACAAUGGCCGCCCUUCGACCUCGUACAGCUUCUCCCGGAUUGGUUUGUCGGAUGCAUCCACAGCCAGCGGUAGCAGCUACAGCAGUUCCACUAAACGACCUACACCGGAAUCGACCGACGACGGCAAGCAAAGCUCGCCCGGUGUUGAGGGCACAUCCGGUACGUCCAACACAACCACGGGCGGUGAUGAGGAGGAGAAAAAGGACGACUCCAUGUUCGAGUGUAACAUCUGUCUCGAUCCACCGAAGGAUGCGGUUGUGAGCAUGUGUGGGCAUUUGUUCUGUUGGCCGUGCAUUCAUCACUGGAUGAAUGGGUACCGUAACACCUGCCCGGUGUGUAAGUCCUCGAUCAGCAAGGAGAAGGUUAUUCCGCUGUAUGGGCGCGGUGGUAGCAAGGAAGAUCCACGGACAACGGCUCCACCACGGCCGGCCGGACAGCGGACGGAACCGGAACAACCGCACGGCUUCCAGAGCUUCACCGGUGAUGGGAGCUUCCACAUGUCGUUCGGUAUCGGUGCGUUUCCGUUCGGUUUUUUCACCUCGACGCUCAAUUUUGGGGACUUCCGCGGUGCGAACGUGACGCGGGAGAACACGCGCGAAUCCGAGGAGGACCAGUUCUUGUCGACGGUGUUCCUGUACGUUGCGAUCAUCUUUUUGGCCUGGCUGGCUAUGGCUUAGAGAGAGGGACAGAAAUCAGUCAGGUCAGGCGCGGUGGUGCACCGGAGGUUCAACGAUAAUCAAAAUCCACGCUCGUAACACGAGAAAAAUGAGGAAAUGGGGGAAGGAGAACAUGAUGGUAGUUUGGCUUUCAGGGCGGGAAAGGACCCUCACAAGGAUUCCGUGGUGUACGCGCGAACAGCAAUAGACGUCCGCUCCAAAGGACAUUCAGGAACGCUUUCGAAUAGGUAGUUGCUCAUUUCUUGUUAUAUGAAUCAGUCAAAGAAGACACGGCUCACGGAUCCGGGCAGCUGCCUCCCCAAACAGCCGCAUAACCUCACUUCCGCAGCUCGUAUCGUGCAAACUCGUGUGCGGUUCGCGCUUAAGGGUGUAUGUAAUUUAUUAAUUAAUAUUACGUAUAUAGGACAAACAAAACACGGGGAGGGCGCAUAAAUGCGUUGGCGAUAGGUGCGCAAGGCAACCGGUCGGAGGAGAGCAGACGAAGGCGAAAGGUGCACCGUUUGUAAUUAUGUUUAGUUGCUGCUCCCUUCUAUGUUUUAACGUCGCUCCUCUCCUGCCUUGUGUCGUGGUCACAAAAAGGGGGUGGGCGAAUUUUUACUUCGUUCUCUUCGCCGGCAUCGACGGGAACCGUCAUAGGAAUGUAGCAUGUAGCGUGUGUCAAUAAAAUUUAAGUGGUAUAAAGUUGAAAAACCUUCCCCGGUAAGUUGCGCAAUUAGCGCGAUAU